AUGUUCACGAGCUUUCGGGGUGUGUGCCGCAGUGAUGUCGAGAGCAUCGUGACGAAGAGCGUGACGAGCAUCGUGAGGUCGUCCAUUAAUGCGGUGAUGCAGAGCGUCGACGCCGUCCGCGACGUUGUGGCUGCAUCGUGUGCUGCUUCUGCGUCUCCGUUUGCUUCGUGUCCGCCUUCGCCGCGGUCGUGCACGCCGUCUCUGUCGGCCGCCGCCUCGCGUGGCGCCGCGCCCUGCGGUCGGGAUGACGAUUCUCACGUGCGGCCAGCUCGCCUUCGCCGUGGUGGUGCUGAGUUGUACCCUGUCUGCGGAGGCUCGGAGAUCUUCAUCAGUGGCGACAUCAUGCCGUGCUUCUGCAGUGGUUCCCCGCCAGUGGGCUUCUUCGCCUGCGACGACGAUGGCGAUUGGCGUUCGGACGGGCGUUGGUCGCAGUGA